GCUGACGGGGGGGCGGGCGGGCACACAGCGGCUCCCUUCAUCCUCCUCCCCAUGACCCGCACACCAGCAUGAGCCAGGGGCGCCAGGCACACGCCACGCAGCACACGCCUCCCCACGCCUCACCACGCCCCGCGGCACCAUGGCGGCCACGUAUUAUUCCCCGAGACCUUUCCUGGUAGCGCCAUUCCUCUUACUCACAAGUGUUCUAUUAAUGAGAUCACCUGUGGCCUUGGGCGCGAGUCAGAGCGAGAGGGAGACUUUCACAUGUACAUUUACCGCGCGUGAUGUGACUUUGCAGUACCAGAGCAGUGAGAACAUUAGUCUACUAGUAACAGGGUCGAGGGAUGAGGAUGUGGAGUUACAGUUUAAUUAUGAUGGUGACGAUAUUCUUGACCACCUCCCUGAUAUCUCCCUGACCCCCGGAAGCGAGAAUCUGACCUUCCCGCUGACCCUGACCUCGGUGGGGGUAGGGCACACGACCCUGGUGGUGAACGCGACGCCCCCCAAUAUGACUGAUGUGUCCGAGGUGUUUGUGCGUGUGUCCGUGUCUCACUUCAAGGGGCUGGACUACUUCAGUGAUGUCGUCGGGUGGGUGUACUUCGUGGCCUGGUCCGUGUCGUUCUACCCCCAGACCUACAGCAACUGGCGACGACGCAGCGUGAUCGGUUUCCACUUCGACUUUCUCUCGCUGAAUGUCGUUGGGUUUUUCAUGUAUAGCGUGUUCAACAUCUGUCUAUAUUGGAGCCCGGCCAUUAAAAUCCAGUACUUCAGCCGGCACCCUUAUGGCGUCAACCCAGUCCAGCUCAACGAUGUCAUAUUUUCCAUCCAUGCCUUCGCCGCCUGUCUGAUCCAAGUCGCGCAGUGCUGUGUCUACGAGCGCGGCGACCAGCAGGUGUCCAGGACGGCGAAGGGGAUCCUGGGGGCCAUAGGGGUGCUGUCGUCGGUGAUGGUGGUGUUGAGUGCAGCCGUGGUGUUGCAGUGGCUGGAUUUCCUCUACUAUGUGUCCUAUGUCAAGCUGUUCAUCACGCUCAUUAAGUAUAUUCCGCAGGCCUACUACAACUACCGCCGCAAGAGCACAUCGGGCUGGAGCAUCGGCAACAUCCUCCUGGACUUCACAGGCGGCACCCUCUCCAUAGCGCAGAUGUUCAUCCUAGCCUACAACUACGAGGACUGGGGAUCCAUCUUCGGCGACCCCACAAAAUUCGGACUGGGACUCUUCUCGGUAAUCUUUGACAUCUUCUUCAUGGUCCAGCACUACAUCCUCUACAGGGGGAAUAGGGACGGCACUGGGUACUAUGGCAACCUCCUAGCAUCGCCGCAGCUAACCCACAGCAGCUCCUUAACCGAAUCCGUCUCCUCGGUGGACUACGGGGCGACCGGAACCACGCAUUGACUCCCAGCCUCGCCCUCCCCCACCUCCCUUUCAUCGUCGCUAUCUUCGUCUAUCUCCACAUCGUCCUUCUUCAAAAGUUCCUGCGUAUCCUCCUCCCCCUCGUCCUCGUUCAAGAGUUCGCUGAUUCCGUCGUCUGGGACUGAAUCCGCCUUGUCGUCAUCUGCGUCGCCCAUGCACUCCUCUCCUGCCUUCCCCUCCAUGUCCUCGUCUUUCAAAUCAACUAGUUUGGUGUGAUUUUUUUUUUCUGGGUUUUUCUUUCGUCUGGUCGUCUUUGUUUUGUUUGUCUUCUUCAUUAUCUCUGUUCCCUUUUUCUCCCUCCCUUCUUUUUUCUUCUCUUUUCCCCAGCUUCGUCUCUCUUUCCUUCUUUCUCUUUAGUAAUUUCUUCACCUUCCUCUCCCUCUUUCAUCUUUUCCUCCCUUUUUCAAAUUUUCAUCUCUCCCUCCUCUUUCAUCAUCUUCCCUUUUCUUCCUCUUUUCCUUCCUUAUUCAUCGCUUCACCUUCCUUUACCUUUCUUUUUUUUCUAAGCAUCUCUCCCUUUUUCCAUUCUCUUCCAUACUUCCUUCAGCUACAUCUUUUCCUCCUCUUAUUUUCCAUCAGUUCCCUUCCUCUCACCUCCUCCUCUUCCUUCUCCUUUUCUUCCUCCAUACAGGGCGAGGGAGUGUGGCUUGGCUGUGUCCUGUACCUCCAAUCCAUCCUCAAAACCAAAGAUAUAUAUGUACCAAUCACUAUUACUCUCUAUGUUCAGCCUAUGUUUACCAAUUCACACACGCUAUGUAUUUAUUUAUAAUGCCGCACCUUCCCUUCUUUAUGACCAAUGGACUGAUUAAUUUAUUUGUGUAUGUGUCGCUGGUACCCAUAUGCCUUGUGAGAGUCUCGACACCCUGCCUGUGCCAUCCGAUUCCACUUUUCUAUUACAUGAACCCACUGCUUAACACUUGAAUCCACGUCACUUCUAAAUUUCGAUAGUGGUUAAGUUGUUUUGGUACUUGAUCUUGGUGUUUCGGUGACUUCUACUUGAUGAAUGAGUGCUUAUUGAAACAGUGCAUUUGAGAAGGUUAACAUACAGCUAUUCUUUAAUCCAGUCAUGUCAGUGUGAAAUGAGAAUGACCACCUAGUUAAUAUAGUUUUGAAAGGCUUUGAUAAACGUAUUUCUGUGUAAGGAGUGAUGUGAUAAGACGUACUUUUGGCGCAUGUAUUUAGUGAACGUUUGUCUUUUCUUUAAUCCGGUCAUAUGAGUCUGCAGUAAGAAUGACCACCUAGUUCGUAUAGUUUUGAAAGGCUUUGAUAAACGUAUUUCUGUGUAAGGAGUGAUGUGAUAAGACUUACUUUUGGCGCAUGUAUUUAGUGAACAUAUGUCUUUUCUUUAAUCCAGUCAUACGAGUCUGCAGUAAGAAUGACCACCUAGUUCGUAUUGCUUUGAAAGGCUUUGCUAAAUGUAUAUCUGUAGGAGGGUUGAUGUGAUAAUAUUUUUUGGUGUGUUCAUGUGUCUUGAGUUUGUUGAAGGGUCAUUUUGUUGAGAUUUGCACAAGUCGGGUUACGAAAACACUGGAUCAAAACGGCAACAAUAAGCAACAGCGACUUUGGUUCGAGAUAAUCAAAAAGUGGGUUGGAUUCUACAUUACACACAUUUUGCGGGAUGCGUUUUAAGUUCGCAGAUGCACCCCAAACUGAAAAAUAAUUACGUUUGCUGAAGUUAAUCCUACAUUACCCACAGAGCAUCUUAUAGUGUGACUUUUGUUCAAGAUAAUCAAAUAGGGGGUUGGAUUCUACAUUACACACAUUUUGCAGGAUGCGUUUUAAGUUCGCAGACGUACCACAAACUGAGAAAUGAUUACGUUUGCUGUGAAGAUUAUCCUACAUUACCCACAGAGCAACUUAGAGUGUGACUUUUGUUCGAGAUAAUCAAAUAGGGGGUUGGAUUCUACAUUACACACAUUUUGCAGGAUGCAUUUUAAGUUCGCAGACGUACCACAAACUGAGAAAUGAUUACGUUUGCUGUGAAGAUUAUCCUACAUUACCCACAGAGCAACUUAGAGUGCGACUUUUGUUCGAGAUACUAAAAAAUGGGGUUGGAUUCUACAUUACACAUAUUUUGCGGGACGAGUUUUAAGUUCGCAGACGCACCCCAAAGUGAGAAAUAGAUACGUUUGGUGAAUUUUAUCCUACAUUACCCACAGAGCAACUUAGAGUGCGACUUUUGUUCGAGAUAAUCAAAUAGGGGGUUGGAUUCUACAUACCAUACAUUCUGCAGGAUGCGUUUUAAGUUUGCAGUCUCACCCGAAACUGAAAAAUAAAUACGUGUUUUUUUUUAUUUGUUGUUGUUGUUGUUUUUGUUUUUUUCGACAAAGGAGACGUUCACUGAAGUUUACCCCACAUUACCCUCAGAGCAACAUAUCCGUGCAACCCAAGCUGUGCCAUAGUCUCAGGGGUCAGCGUGUGUUUCCUUGCGUUGGCGGCGUGCGGCUUGCGUGUCCAGUCGAGCCGUAGUGAGGUGGUGAGGCGCUUGCAUUGAUUUCUUCAGGUACCAACCACGCCAUGAUAUUCUGCAUUCCAUCCCGUCACCAGAGGCUUCCAGUAACGUUAGUCUUGCGUAUUCGAGCACCUUCAGCGUUGGUUCGUUCGCCGUUUGAGUUUCGGGAUUAUGAGCAUAGCGAUCGCCACGCAGUAUCCCCGUUAACGUAUUGAUUGUCGAUAUGUGUUGUGAGUUGAUUGGUUCGUUCGCCGUCCUUGAUUUGGGCUACAUAGCAUAGCGUAACACCCAGGCUUCCCUUGGUCUCUUAGUGUCGUUAUUAAUUAUUUCCGAUACCUUUUUAAUUGUCAGUGCAUGUCGUGAAUUCAUUGGUUAGUUCGUCGUCCUUGUUUUGGGUUACGUAGCAUAGCGUAACAGCCGGGCUUCCCUUGGUUAGAUAGCGUCAUUAUUCAUUAUUUCCGAUACCUUUUUCAUUGUCCAUAUGUGCUGUGAGUUGGUGGGUUCGUUCGUCUUUGUUUCGGCAUAAGUGAGAUAACAGAUAAGUCCCCCUUGGUUUGGUGUUAGCGUUUUCACUCCUUGCCAAUGUUACUGUAUUAUUUCGGCAUACACGGCAUAGCGGAUAAGUUUCCCGUGGCUCCGUGGCAGCAUUUCACUCCCUAUUGUUACUGUUACGUACCUCCGUUUAUUAGGUUCGUCGGUGUUAUUAUACAUAUUUUUAAAUUUCCACUAUUUGUAACGGACUUUUGGCAUUAAUAGACUAAGUUCCCCCCGAUUAGUCCGUUAUAUCGAGGAUUUACUGUACUGUGUUUGCUGUUUGUUAUAUUUGUUGUUGUCAUAUACGCCCCAUACUGCAAUGUUAUUUUCGGCACCAUGUACGUUGUUUGUUACGUUAGUUAAGGUCGUCACACACAUAUUCUUUGCUGUAACGUGUCUUCUGCCCUCUUGUGGUUGUCAUACUCACCCUGUACUACUGUGUUAGAGAGGGAGAGGAGGAGAAAGGAGAGAGGGGAUAGAGAAGAAAGGGAUAGGAUGGGAAGGAAAGGACGGUACAGAAGGGGAGAUAGGAAGUGAGCAAAAGGAGAGAGGGGAUAGAGAAGGGAUGGAAGAAUGGGAUAGGAAGGAAAGGACGGUACAGAAGGGGAGAUUGGAAGUGAGCAAAAGGAGAGAGGGGAUAGAGAAGGGAUGGAAGAAUGGGAUAGGAAGGAAAGGAAAGGACGGUACAGAAGGGAAGAUAGGAAGUGAGCACAAGGAGAGAGGGGAUAGAGAAGAAAGGAAUGGGAUAGGAUGGGAAGGAAAGGAGGGUACAGAAGGGGAGAUAGGAAGUGAGCAAAAGGAGAGAGAGGAUAGAAAAGAAAGGAAUGGGAUAGGAUGGGAAGGAAAGGAGGGUACAGAAGGGGAGAUAGGAAGUGAGCAAAAGGAGAGAGGGGAUAGAGAAGAAAGGAAUGGGAUAGGAUGGGAAGGAAAGGAGGGUACGGAAGGGGAGAUAAGAAGUGAGCAAAAGGAGAGAGGGGAUAGAA